CCACCCGCACCCGAAACCUGCCAAAAAAAAAAACUUCGGCAAAAUCUUUCAAUCAACUCGGUACAACAUCCUGACCCAAGCCGUCUCUUAUGUCCUGUACUCCAGAAAAAAUCGCCUCAAUCGACAUAACCACCGACGACCGAGUCGCCGCCAUUCGAGGCUCCAGGAUCGACUUUCUCGCCAACUCGGUCCUCUCCCCCGGGUACACCGUCAAAUUCAAAAAUGACACCCCCGUCAAACCCAGCCGCGCCAUGUUCCACGAUGCCGACCAAAAACUGCUCGUCUCCAACCGAGAAUACCCUAACGUCCUCCUCAGCAUCGACGCCGAAACCGGCAAAAACCUCAGCGAACGGCGCCUCAUGAUGACCUCCGACGACCACAUUCAGCCCAUCGACUUCACCAUCCCCUCCCUCAAAUUCUCCCAACACAAACAAGGCGACGUCCUCAACCUCAUGUGCAUCCACAACAACCAAUUCUUCAACCUCAACUGGGACCUCCGAGAAAACAAACCCAAACAACUCAUCUCCCUGGAAGACAAAUACGUCAACAAAUCCUCCAACUUCAUGGGCAUCGCCACCUCCUCCACCGGGCAAAUCGCCGUCGGAGACGACAACGGCACCAUCAGACUCUUCAACUCCCCCUCCAAACUCCCCCCCGGAAAAUUCUACAGACGCGCGAAAAACAACCUCAGCCAACUCGCGGACCCCAUCAGACACGUCGACGUAUCCAGCGACGGCAAGUGGGUCAUCUGGACCACGAAAACCUACCUAGCCAUCGUCUACACCGAAUUCGAAAGCGAAAAAGGAGGGGGCACCCUGUCCGGCUUCGACAAGCCCAUGGGCGCCAAAAAGCCACAAGCCCUCAUCCUCCGCGUCGACCCAGACGAGCUCAAAAAGCACGACAUCAAAGAACUUGAUCUGAAAAACGGCCAAUUCGAUAAUGGACCCCACCUCGACGCCGACACCAACAAAACCAUCAUCGAAGAGGAAAUCGUCGCCUCCACCGGAAACUACAUCCUCCGCUGGAAAUUCAGACCCAUCAAACUAGAAUACCACAAACCAAGAGAAAGACCCAUCCUCAUAAAACCAAAAUUCUAUCGCUGCAAAGAAAAAAUCGUCGACAAACAAUUCAAAUACAACACCAAGGGCGUCGUCACCGCCUUCGACUACGAACUCUCAGACCUCAAACUAGAUCCCGACGAACAGUAAACAAUAAUUAAUCAAUAUAACACUCCUAAAAAAAAAAAAGAAAAAAAAAGAAAAAAAAAACCUCUCGACUCUCUCCACCACCUUUUUUCCCCAAACACUCUUCAACCCUACUCCCAACCAAAAAAAAAUGCACCCCAGCCUACAACUGUUCUACUUCCUCAACCUCUUUGUCCCCCUUGUCCUCAUCUUCAUCACAAUCUACCAUUGCUUCGUCAUCUCUCGGGGACUAGAAAAGUAAUCAACCACACACCCCCCCCGCACCCCACCCUCGCACCCAUAUGCCAUGUCCGCUCAUGCU